CGUUCACUAGCUGUGGUGCGAAAGGACCGGAAGGACCUACAUCUGCUGAUUGUGAGAGAGCCUAUUUAAGGGCAAGCACCAGGGUCGCUGUUGCUGCAGAUUUUCCUUACAAAGGAUCACAAAUGUGGACGGUUCCUAAAUCAGGUGUUUACACGGUUUUCGCCAGAGGAGCAGGCGGAGGUCAGGGAGUAAAGAACAGUGUUAGUAGUCGAGGUACACUUCUACGAGCAGCCUUCAACUGGAACGCUGGAGAGAUAAUCUUCUUCUUGAUUGGCCAACAAGGUGUCAGUGCGUGCAGAAAGGAUACGCCAAGUCGACUCGAAAAGAAAUGUCAUGCUGGACUAGCGAAAAGAAACAUUCAUAACUUGCGAGAUGAACUUUACAGCUCUAACCAGCGUGGUGGUGGCGGCGGCGGUGGAGGAGGGACUUUCGUUUAUAAGCUCCAUCAUCAAACGCACCAACCUGUGUUGUUGGUUGUGGCUGCUGGAGGUGGUGGAUUAUCAUACAACAAAGCUGACGAUCCUGCCACAGCAAUCGAUCCUAAUGGACGUGGUAUUAUUCCUGGUCUUCCCCCUGGAAAUGGAAUCUCCUCACAAGAUGGUGCAGGUGGUGGAGGUGGCUGGAACAACACUGACCAUACUGACCAGGAUUCAACAUCAGGUCGAUCGUUUCUUAACGGGGCACGUGGAGGCUACGUUUGUAGAGAUGCCUCUGAAUGGAAAACAAAUGGUGGAUUCGGAGGUGGAGGAGGUGCUUGUACAGCAGGAGGAGGAGGAGGUGGUUACAGAGGUGGUGAUGCUGCUGAAGAAGACAAUGCUUAUAACAACGGUCAAGGAGGAACAUCCUACUUUAGCCCAAUGUCCACUAUGACACUAGAAAAAACAGGAGCCAAUUCUGGAGAUGGGCAGGUGGAUGUGAUGCCAGCCCGGAAAGGCUGUGGAUGCGAAUAUCUCUGUGUGAUAAUGGACUUAGAAAAUAAAGCUUUUAAUUGUAUUUGUCCUCAAGGUUACUCUCUCGGUCCUGAUGGCCUUUCUUGUCAAGCGCCAAUGAAAAACGAAAGCUUCCAACUUCCAACUCACCACCUGAUUGUGAUCAUUUUGUGCAUUCUUGUAACAAUGGCGGUGAUUCUUUUUUUCUGCUUGUUAGCGUUCAACAGAUACCGGAAGAGGCACGUUCGAGAUCUCCAUCACGAACCACUUAGCAGUCCUGAGGUUCAAUUGAACCAAUUACGUCAGAAUGGAGGAAUGUUUACUGACUACAAUCCCAACUACGAAUUCGGUGGCAGUACGUAUACAGUAAAGGAUCUGAACGAAAUCCCCCGAGAGAACCUUACCUUGGUCAAGGCCUUGGGGCAAGGUGCUUUCGGAGAAGUAUAUCGUGGUUUUUUAGGUGACAUUCCGGUAGCUGUGAAGACUUUACCAGAAUUGUCCUCCAAUCAAGCUGAAAUGGACUUUCUAAUGGAAGCUUUAAUAAUGAGCAAAUUUGACCAUCCAAAUAUUGUACACUUUAUGGGUGUGUGUUUCGAUAAGAUGCCCAGGUUUAUUGUGUUGGAGCUGCUUCCUGGUGGUGAUUUGAAGACAUUUUUGAGGGAAGCUAGACCCAAAUGUAGUAAAUCCAAUCUGACAAUGAAGAAACUUUUGGCAAUGGCCAUGGAUGUUGGCAAAGGCUGUCAGUACUUGGAAGAACACCACUUCAUUCACAGGGAUCUUGCGGCUAGGAACUGUCUUCUCACCACGAAGGAGGGCGACCCAGAUGUCAAAAUAGCUGACUUCGGCAUGGCCAGAGACAUCUAUCGAGCUGAUUAUUAUCGCAAGGGAGGAAAGACCAUUUUACCUGUGAAAUGGAUGCCACCAGAAGCUUUCUUAGACGGCAUUUUCACCUCAAAAACGGACGUGUGGUCCUUCGGAGUCUUGUUAUGGGAAGUAUUGUCACUAGGUUACAUGCCGUACCCAGGCCGAGGUAACCAGGAAGUAAUGCAGCUAGUGACAUCUGGUGGAAGAUUGGAACCUCCUGCAAUGUGUCCAAAUCCAGUAUAUCACAUAAUGAUGCAGUGUUGGCACCCUAUUCCAGAAGAACGACCAAACUUCUCCACAAUAAUAGAACGUCUAGGUUACUGUAUGCAGGAUCCAGACGUUAUCAACUCACCCCUGCCGGAGCUCAGCUGCUCUCCGUCGGUAGAACGUGACGUCACAGUCAUGCGACCUUCAGACUCUGAGAAUGCUUGUUUACAGGUUAAUCGUCCCCAUCUGGAUCCACAAUCACCAAGCUCAGAAGAUUACCUUAUCCCAAUGCCUUCAUCUAAUUACAGCCUAAACACUGAGAAAACUGAGCUACAGUCGAGUGUUGAUUCGAUGGAAAAGCUGCUUGACUUGGAGGAGAAGCCACCCAUACCCCCUCGAAACUCUAAUAACGGAGUAAUAUUACACCCUUCAUUUAAUACCUGGGAGACUAGCUUUAUUCAGACAAACCAGAAGAAUCGUGCUUUUGUCCCAGCAAACAACCCUCUACCCCCACGUAAUGAUGAAACACAGAAAGAUAACAACCGAGAGCAAAAAAACGAUCGUCCUGUCAAUCAUUCUCAGGAUUUAACAGGGUCACAGUCUCCUUUGCUGGACUCUGCUGAGGCAAGAUCAAAUCAGAGCAACCCAAGUCAUGGCGUCAGUUACAGUGCCAAGCCAGAAAAAAACCAGAAUCUGAGUCAACAGUGGAAUGAGAAUUGGAAAACAGAACCUGUUGAACGAGUAUCAAGUCUCAGGUCAUUAGAGACCCUAUCUAUCACACCAGGGGUCAAUAGAAUACCGGUAUCAUCUAACAGUAUAAGUGUUAAUGACAUCACGAAAAAAGAUACUACCAAUCAAGGACAUCGCUCAAAUCUCUCUCUGGAUGCCUCUGCUCUUACGCGACAGAUAAACAACCAACCAAUAGCUUACAUCAACGUGGAUGUGAACUCCAACAGCAGCACCAACCUCCCUCUAAGUCGAACUACAUCAUAUGACCAGAAUGUGGCCAACCACAACCUACGCGUAGAUAACUAUCCAACAACUGGUGGGAUUUCCAGUAUCUCUCAUAGCCUGGAUUCGAACGAAGGACAGGUAAGCUGUUAGAGGGUAUGAGCGGGAAGAAGACUUCUUAUGGUAUGAAAGAAACAAAACAUUUUUCUUUUACUUCCAUUGAAAUGUACCAUCAGCCAAAGUACCUGAAACAAUGGCUUCUCUGGUGAAAAUGGUAAAUUGGUCAUUUCUACACUGAAGUAAACUUCAGUUGCUCAAAAUAAUCAAACAGAUGUAAAACAAGAGCGAGCUUCAGUAUUCUGUAUUUUGUUGACUAAAGUAAACGAUAAACAACUAAACUUAGUAAACUUUAGGGUGAACUUCUGUUUAAAAUGUAUUUUAAAUCAAGGCUUAGUAGAUUUUCUUUAUAAGGUUCAAAUCAAAAAGUGCUGAUUAUAAUGAUUAUAGCAUGUUUUAUCAUAUUCAAAAUCUUGUAUUGUUGAUAUAUAUUUCAGUGUUUAAGCUAUUUACUCCUAUAGAUACGAGAAACUUUCCUUUAGCUGCAUUAGCAAGUAACAGUUACUCAUUAAAAAAGUUGAUUUGAAUGUUAAAUCGAAAACAAAUACCGUCAUUAAAAACAUUUUGUCAAAAAGAAAAGAAAUAUGUGGUUGCUAAGCUUUUCCUUUUGUAUUAUAAGUCAUUGUUAAGUAACUGCUAAAAUUAACAGUAUUUAUUGAUGGUGUGACAUAUGUAUGCGUACUGUUUGUUGCUAAUCGUGAACUCUGCAAAGUGUUACGGGAAAGUUGAUUUCUUAUUAAAACAGUAACCUCAUAAGCUGUGUACAAAGUAGUUUAUAUACAAUGAGAGCGGUGUAGAUAAAAUGACCUGUAUAUUUUCGUAUGUGAUUAAAGUGCACAUUUUCAUGUUUGUAACAAAAUGGUUAAUGCAGUGACGAAUAACUUGUUAUUGACGUAGGACUGUGUAUUGGUGGUUACGUAUAAAAGUGGUUCAUGAACAGUUACAAAUGUUAGUGUUACUAAAAAAAGAUAUUGUUACAAUACUUGAAUUUCCUUAUCAAAGGUUUGAUGUUACAUUCCUAUUGAUUAAGUAGUUUUCUUGGUUUCUCUCGACUAACUAGAACUUGAAUUACGAAUUAUGAUUCGUCAUGAUACCAAUAUUCCUGUUACACUAGAAUUUUGUUACUCAACCGUGUUGUUCUCGUGUUCAGCACUGUGUUAGCAGUUGUGUUGUUUGGAUAUAAAUACGAGAUCCUAAACUUUGAUUAUUGUUCAUAACCCAUUUCAAAUCUUAAUAGCAACUAAAACCUUUAAUAAAAUAUUGCAUGUUAAAGUGCCCAAAAACGGAUAUCUACAAGAACAUAAACAGAGAAUUAAUGAUUUAAUUCGUAUUUCUGUAUAUCAAACUCUCCAAGGAUAGGUUAGAGUUAGUACAUUCUGAAAUAAAAUUUUAUUUAAUGCUAAAAUAUUCAACCCAAACUAACAUUUUCACUGACUUGGUGCUUGAAAAGAACAAGCUGGGACCACAGCCAUUUUUGACAGAAUACCAAUAUUUGUAAAAAAGUAGGAUGGUAUUUAAGCAGUUUGUAUGGUAUCAAGAUUCGCCAAGAAAAUAACAUUUUCAAGUAAAUUGGAAAAACUUACUUUUUGUUUUAAGGUUAUUAAUGAAAAGUGAGAAAUUUGAUAAUAACAGUUUCUCAAACGGAUUUAUAGUAUGCUAACCUUGUUCUUGCGUCCAAGGUCAUUAUAGGUAAAAAUGUAUGGAAGGUUAGAAAAGGCGAAAACGUUUUACAUUUCUUAUGUGCCAAAUAAACACAUUUAAAUUACACACUAUCACAUCUAAACAUAUAUUUAUGUAAAUAAAAACACUUCCGGGGUUUCAGCAUUUUCCAAAAUUUUAAACCCCUCAGCUUUUAACUUAACUGUUUAAUGUCCUUUGAUAUAGCAGAAAAAACUGUGAAUAAAUUUAUGUUGCGACCUGAAUAAAGAAUAUUGAAGCAGAGGUCAUUUUACAGAGGUCAUGCAAAUGGAAAAUAGAGUGAAAGACAGUUUUCACCCGAAGAUAUUCAGAUCCACAACAAUAGAUGCAGCUUUAGAUAAUGACAGUAGUAUUCUUGCAGUACAGUUAAGCUCUCUGACCAAUGUGUUUCAAGUUUACAGUAAAGUUACCUAUUAGAAUGGAAUCUGUUAACCCACUGUUGUCUUUAGAGUAAUACUUUUUGUUUCCAAUUUUGUCACAAUAUUGUUUGUUUGAUAUAAUUGUUGUACGAACACAGGAAUAGUAUGUUACAGAACACAGGAACAGUAUGUUACACGCAUACAAAUAAAUGGGUGAAGUAUUUUAUUCUUUACUGAAUAUUAUUAUGUCGUAAUUGUAGUUUGAUUCAGGAAAUUAGUCAUCUGAAUUGAUUAAUAUUUGAAUUUCCUUUUGUCACCAAGUUAUUCGCAAUAAAAACAGAUACUUGUAUUCUUCAAUUUGAUGUUUGAAUCAAAAAUAGUGAUAAUUCAAUUGAUAACUUUCUAAAGUAGAUAACGUUUUGAAGUUUCUGUCAAACUGUAUUUCAUGUGUUUUAUCCAAAGCAGAUUGGUGUAUGUUUCGUUAGUCAACAUUGUUAUUCUGUUGUUGUAUCAUUGUAUUAGCAAUUACUGUUGAGAUUAUAACCCAAAAUAGGUGUAUAAAAGUACAAGUGUUUGUACAUCUUAACUAUGUUAACAGGAUCAUACUAAUAGUAUUUUGUUGUUGUAAACAGAUCAAAUAAACAUUCCACGUUUUUGUGUGCAUAAA